AUGGUCACCACUCCACCUCCUCCACAAGGUCAUGGGCCAAGCUCUAAGGUCAUCAUGGACCCAACUCCACCAAGAUCAUGGACCCACUCCACCAAGAUCAUGGACCCACUCCACCAAGGUCAUGGACUCACUCCACUAACAUCAUGGACCCACUUCAAGAUCAUGGACCCACUCCACCCUGAUCACGGACCCACUCCAACAAGAUCAUGGACCCACUCCACCAAGAUCACGGACCCACUCCAACAAGAUCAUGGACCCACUCCACCAAGAUCACGGACCCACUCCACUAAGAUCAUGGACCCACUCCACCAAGAUCAUGGACCCACUCCACCAAGAUCAUGGACCCACUCCACCAAGAUAGGGACUGGCAUAGGGACAGACCCACUCCACCAAGAUCAUGGACCCACCUCACUAAGGUCAUGGACCCACCUUACUAAGGUCAUGGACCCACCUUACUAA